AGGUUAUUAUGAUAGGGGCGAGUGAGAAGCAGGCAUCCCUCCCUUGGGUACUGGUGCCAACAAAACCACGCUUGUGAUUGGUGGUGUCGCGGGUGGAAGGAGGAGCCACGCUUGCGAUUGGUGGUGGAGGAGGAGGCAACCACGGGGAAUCUCUCUAACCUGAUUGGCUGACUGAGGAUCACGUGUUAAGAUGGGAAAGGCCAAUGAUAAGAAGACUCACCGUAGCGAUAGUAGUAAGUGUGGAAGAAGCAACAUCGUGGGCAAGUUUACUCAGAGUGUGAAGAGAAUCGUCCAGGAGGUGAAGGAGGAAGGUGUACCAGCUGAUGGACAGACACGAGACGACGCCAUCGCCACCAAUCACCGUCUACGAGCUGUCAGGAACCGUCUAGAGGAAGCUUAUGAGACGGCACGGUCGGCUCUCCUGACGUUACACACUCAGUAUAACCAUAGCAAGACCACCUGGAACGUCUUCGCCAGGUAUUCGCUUCUCAAGGCAAUGAUUAAGGAGGUGGUGAGGCUUGAGACGGAGUACUGGCAGCUACUGGAUGUCCCCCGCCAGGAUAAACAGGAACCCGUGUUGGCCUAUGUCCUGAGGGCGUGUACCAUCGUGGAGAAGAGUCAGCGGUCACAAGAGCAGGCGGAGAAGAGCCACAGAGCCGACCAGGAGGAGGAGAGGAAGAGAGAGAACUCCCAGAGGCUUAAUGGGAUGACCACCUCGCAGGUCUUAGAAGAGAACACCUGCCUGACUAAUGAGCUGUUUCGUUACCUGAGGAAGUACUCAUCACUCAGAACCCUCAUGCGAGAACUCAAGGAUGAUUACGUGGAGAGCAAGAUGUACCCAAUAGUCCCCAGGUACUUCAUGUUAAAGGAUAUGAUUCGUGAUGUGAUGCGUGACCCAGCCUUUGUUGAGAUCUGUCAGGAGGUCACACAGAGCCCCCCUACAGCAGCUUCCUAGUGGGGACACAUCCUACCGACAGCAGCUUCCUAGUGGGGACACAUCCUACCUACAGCAGCUUCCUAGUGAGGACACAUCCUUCCUGCAGAGUAAAAUAAGGUCCUAUUUCAUCUGCCAUGGCCCCAAGAGCCUCCUUCUCUCAAGUAAGAACGUAUCCUAUUGGAAGGGCGUAUUGUCCUAGCAAGGUGGACAUCAUCCUACCAAGGUGGACAUCAUCCUACCAAGGUGGACAUCAUCCUAGCUAAGGAGACAUCAUCCUAGGAAGGUGACAUCAUCCUUACAUAGAAAAUGGUAAGAAAGGAUAUGUUUGGUAGUUUGUAAUGGUUAAAAAAUGUAUUAACCUGCCGCAUCCUAUCAAGGGGACAUCACCCUAGCAAAGGGCACAUAAUCCUAGCAAAGGGCCUCCAACAUCUUAGCAAAGGGCACAGAAUCCUAGCAAAGGGUCUCAACAUCCUAGCAAAGGCCCCAUCAUCCUAGGAAAGGCCCCAUCAUCCUAGCAAAGGCCCCAUCAUCCUAGCAAAGGCCCCAUCAUCCUAGGAAAGGCCCCAUCAUCCUAGCAAAGGCCCCGUCAUCCUAACAGAGAGCUAUAUGAUGUUUUGGUCAAGGUCCGUGUCUAGUUCAGAGGUGAAGUAGAUUUAGAAGGUAGAACUUACUUAAAUAUAUUUCAGUUGUCGAAAAAUAUGGUAAGGAACAGUUGUAGUUCUUUGAGAUGAAGUCAUAAAGAAGUAGUUGUAGUAGUAGUAAUAGUAGAAGUAGUAAAGGCACAAUAAUAAUGAUAAUACAGUAGUAGUAGUAAUGAUAAAAAUAGUAGUAGUAGUAGUAGUAGUAGUAGUAAUAAUAAUAGUAGUAGUAGUAAAAGCACAGUAAUAAUGAUAAUACAGUAGUAAUAGUAGUAGCAUAGCAGCAAGUCAAUAUAAGCUAUUAUUGGCUAUUAUUAUCUACAGUAAAACAAAUUUCCCAAAUAACAACAGACACCUAAGUUAUUAUUUCUAUUAAGGUGAUCAUCAACCUGUCAUAUAGAUUAUUAAACAGGUAUUUCUACUAAUUAAAGGUGUUAACAGGUGAUAUAUCAAGGUAGAUUAUUUCACCUAGACCAAUUUACCAACUGGAUAACAUGUAACUGGUGAUAACUUGAUAAAAAAUAUACAUAAUUUUGUCCUGUUGUGGAAUGUUGUAACAAGAGACGAUAUAACAACUCUAUCUGUAACUACAAGACUAAAGUUAUGUUGUAAUUAGAGGUUUAUUGGUCAUACUGUUUAUAAUUGACUCCUGUUGUGAAAUAUUGUUACGACAGAAGACUUGGAAUUAGAAUUUGGGUUAACCAGAUUUAAAAAUGUAUUCAUAAAUUUGGUUUUGUAUUGUAAUGUAUUUGUUCAAGAGAAUUUAUUGUUAAGGGUACCCAAUUUAUGAUACAAUACAGGUAAAUAGACUCAAGAAUGUAUUCAUUGUAUAAUACACUACCCAUACAGUAUUGAGAAACUGUAUUACAAAUACUGUAUGAUGUAUUAAACUGUAUUAUAAGAAUUAAUGAAGUCAUUUAGAGUUAAUUUCUUAUAUAAGUAUAUGAAAAAAAAUGACUUGAGUAAUUGAAUUGAAAGCUUACACUAUGCACAGGUAUUAAUUGAAGGUAGGAAGGUAUUGAAAGGGUAAAGGUAUAUUAAUUAAUUGAGAUAAUUAAUAUACACCAGUGAAUAAUAAUUAGCUAUAAUAUGACCUAUAAUAAUAAUUGAUAUGUAUAAUUUGUCAUAGAAUAUAUAUAAUAUACCUUCCAUAAUAUACUUAAAUUACACUUGUGAAAUCUUGUGAAAAAAAAAAGUUGUGAAAUUUAUAACACAAUAAUUUUACACACUUUACACACAAGUGAUUAAGACAAGUGUUGUGAAUGAUAUACAACUUAAUACAACACAUACUUAUAUUAGGGUUGUAUUUCUGUAUGUAUGUGUGUAGGUGUAUGAGUGUAGGGGAGAAAAUACAGUGUGUGUGUGUGUGUGUGUGUGUGUGGGUAGGUAGGAACCCUUGAAGGAUGUGGUUUGUUUUAGGAUAUCUAUCUAUCUAUCUAUCUAUCUAUCUAUCUAUCUAUCUAUCUAUCUAUCUAUCUAUCUAUCUAUCUAUCUAUCUAUCUAUCUAUCUAUCUAUCUAUCUAUCUAUCUAUCUAUCUAUCUAUCUAUGGAACCCGUAACAGCCUUCACAAUUCACGGAAGCUGAUUGGUUGAUAGGUGAUUCACUCAGCAACCAAUCAAUUUCCAGGAAAUUGUCAUAAUGUUUCUGAACUCUUAGGUGUUUUUAAGUAAUUAGGGUGAAUAAGUAAUUAGGGUGAUUAAGUAAUUAGACAGAUUAAAUAGCCAGAGGUGAUACAGGUUAGGUUAGGUUAGGGUCUAGGUGUGGGUGAU